UUUCUUUUGUUUAAUGCUCAAGAGUUUACUUUAAAGCAGGAUCUCAUUAAUAAAGAGUGUUUUCUUCAUCAAUUAAUUUCCUGACAAAUUUUUGUGACGUUAAUGUGAGAUAUUCAAACAUUUUACUAUAAUGGCUAACCAGUUAAACCAACCACCAGAUGGGCCUAGUUAUAUCUACGACAAUUUUAUCCACGAUUUGUGUACGGCAAUUUCGAAUGAGGAAUUAGAGGAAUUGAAAGAUCGUUUUAAAGAUGUUAUUGAUGCUAAAGUCAAUGAUCCAAGGCAGAUGUUUAGUGACCUGAAAGAAAAGGGUUAUAUAAACUGUUAUAAUAUAAUUUACAUUCAACAAAUUAUCCGCGUACUUAAGAGAGAUGAUCUUCUUGAAGUUGCUACCAGAUACACUACACUGUUCGAGGAAGACAUUGUUCUGCACUACCAUAAGAAAUCAACCGUGCUUGCCGGCGGUUGUAGUAUCGUUGAUUUCCACGUUGUUGGACAUAAUCUGUCAUCAAGAGAGGAUAUUGAAAACUUGCGAAUGAAAAUAUCAACAAUUCUGUUGGUUCCACUUCAUGAAGUCAUAUUCAAAGGAGUACAACCAACUGACAGUACUCUUGUCACUGUAAUGCUUCCAGAUAUGUAUGUAAAAUUUCUCGAAAGGCAGCUGCGAAAACACACACAGUACAUUCUUGCAUCUCUGAUGCAACAAAACAUAGAUCAAGUUAUUUUCCCAGCAGAUAUAUUUCAGCUGCAGAAAGAGGGUACAUACUUCAUAGUGAAAGAAGUUCCUACAUCAGUGCAGAAUGAAAACAGCGAAACUAUGUCAAAUGGAAAUAAAGGACAAACCGAUUCAUCUGAUGUUUUAUUGAAAAGAAAAGCAAAGCCAGAAACACAGAUUUCAAAAUUAACUAAACAAAAUCAUAUGAGUGCAGAAAGCUCUUUACAGAUCAGAAAUGUGUUGACAACUAUACAUGUAGCCAGCUAGGGAAGCAGAGAUUAAACAGACAUAUUAAACACAUACUGGAUAAACAUCUUGUUCGUAGACAGAUAAGGAUCAAGUCCGUUGUGGCAGCUGUUAGUGGAAAAUUCUAUCAAACUUUCUUACUGAAACAAAUAGGUCCAAACAUGUUUGGUUCUGACAGUCUUGGCAGUAUCCCUAAUACUCAAUUGCAUAAUAUGGACAUUUACCUUGAAAUGCAAACACCUUCAAUAAUUAACAUUUAAAUACAGCACAAGUGUCGUAGAUACCAUGAUUUUAUAUCAUUUACGGAAAACAAAACAUUUACAAUAUUGUAUAAGUGGUUAUGUUAGCGAGGUGGAAAUAUUGGCGAAUUUCGCGAAUUGACAAAAUUCGCUAACAUUUUCUGCAGCGUAAAUAUCAGCCAACACAUCAUAAAAACACCAGUAGUAAACGAGAGAAAUUGACCCUCUGUAUCUAUCUGUACACUAUACACGUUUUUAAAGCUACCUUUUUAGGCCUUAAAUACGUCAAACAAAAAAGCCAGAGUUCUUUGUUUAUAUUUCAAAAAGGUAAAGGUUAUCAUAAUUUGAUUAAAUUCCAUUCAUUGGUUGACAGAUAUAAAACUAGCAAAGCUAAUUACCGUUAACUGGCAUAGGCGAGUACGGAAGCGAGAAAACAUACUGACUUUUAAAACUGCAUUUCACACCUUUACAAAAUGUAAUAAAAUGAUUUACUUCAAUACAUAUUGUUAGCCUUUUUCAGGUUGAUAAUUACACAUAUUCUGCUUUCCGCACGCCAAAUGUCUGGAAUUCCGAAUUCGCUAACUCUUCGACCCGCGGAAAUAACCAUUUAUACAGUACUAACUUUUUCUGUUACUGAGCUGAUCAAAAUCGUGUGAACGUGGCUAUUUUUUACUCUCGAGUUCCCAUGUCCUGUCACUUAAACACUGUUCUGUAUUUACUAUCAUGCCUUUCCUGGGUACAGUGUAUUUAAUUUGUGUUUACUAAAGAUUACUUCAGGUUAUUAUAUAUUAAGAUAUAAGAGAGAAUAUAUAUGUCGUUGUGUGUGCUUGUGCGUGUUUAAGUCAUGUCAGAUUUUGAGGUCAGUAGGCCGAAGGUCAAGGUCACAUUGACCCGGAACAGUUAAACCCUUUCCGGACAAUACCUUGAGAAUGCUUGGGCCUAGGAUCACAAAAGGGAGGUUGAUCAUGACCAGCAGACGACCACUGUUGAUUUUGAGGUCAAAAGGUCAAAGGUCAAGGUCACAUUUAUCAUAAUUUUCAACACAUUUCACUGUUCUUCGUCGGCACAUAAUGCAUAAAUAACUAAAACUAAAUUCAUUUCAUUUGAAAAAUGCUUAAAAUUCCAAUUUUUAACAGAUUUAACCGUUCUUCGACGGAAUAUAAAGCAUGAACUGCUAAAAUUAAUUUUAUUUUGUAUAUCAUAAAGACUUCAAAGACGACUUAAGGAAACCAGAUCUUGGCUCAUGUUUAUCGUUUCGGAGCAGAAUACAGCAAUAUCUAAGCACUAAAACAGGUUUCAAUUUUGUGAUGAGGCCUUCUUCGCACGUAUGCCGUCGGCACCCUAAAAAUUCGCUGGCAGAUAUAAUCAAUUUGGUCCAGUUCAGGCCAUUUUUCGUCUGAACAGGUGUUGUAUUCAAGCGGUCUUAACAUACAAUUCAGCCUGGUGACCCAUACAUUUUUGGCCAUUUUUAUGUUCACAAUACAAUUAUCUAUACACAAGGAAAACAAACAAAAAGUCUAUGAAACAUUUUUUUCGAAAUUAAAAAAAAUAUUCUUAUUUCAUUGAAAAAAGUUCACAAACGUAAAUAUGAGACAAUAUUUUUUUUUCAUUUGUACCCAUCAUUGUAAUGAUAUUGUAUUACAAAUAUGACUAUGAUAUGAAAUAAAUAUAUAAACCUUAUUGUGCUGUCUUGAUUCA